UCGCAAAACUGACGCGGAAGAAUCUCGUUGACCACAGCUGUAAAGAUUGCUGAGAACUUUUCAUGUGACUGUUUGUCUUGUUCCUGUUUCUCUGUUGAACCUACUUACAGGACUGAUUGCAACUGUAUUAAAGGACUGAUGAGCUUGUGUACUUGUUAAGUUACUUAGGAAAACAAGUAACACUGAGGUCUUCAUUAGGCAAUUGUAGCUGGACUCCAGGCUCGCUGUGACAUAUUCACUGUUAAAGAUUCCGCAAGAAGAACGGUGUCACGCGCCUUGUGUCAUUUACAAGGUUUUCCGGAUAGUUGGUCAAGGCUUACACAAAGAUGGAUGUUGUCUUUCUGUGUUGAUUACAAGUCCACACACUUCAGUUCAUGUCUGUUGGCAACAUAAACUGUUUUAAACGUCAUUGUUGAACUUUUAGAUACAGCUUAACGUGGAUCAGGUAUGGAAUAUGGCUGCGUCUGAGCUGAUGCUGAGUCUUGGCCUGAUUGAGAAAGAUGUAAAUGCAGACUCACUUUGGGUUUGGUGCUAUCCUUCCAUCACUGCUGAUCUAAGAGAGGUUCUGUUGAGAAAAUGUUGCCUGGCUUUGGAGAAUCAGCUUCUGCACACGUUUCUGUUCGGCCAAUACUGUCGAACCUGGUACUAUAUCAGCUCUGUAGAGGUCCAGGAGCCCACUGCACUUAAAAAGGUGACACAUUUUUCAGUCGUUGUCACUGCUAAGGACUUCAACCCUGAAAAAUACGCUGCAUUUGGUAGAGUUCUGUGCAGGAUGUAUAUGAAACAUGGAAGUCCUGUGAAGAUGAUGGAGGGCUACGUUGCUGUUUUGACCAAAGGCACAUGUCAGAGUGAUGAGAAUGGCUCAUUCCUUAUCAAAGAUUAUGAUGUCAGGAAGGCCUACUUGGCUGGCUCCUUGAAAGAUGUUGUGUCUCAGUUUGGUUUGGAGACCAUUAUCCUUUACACAGCACUGAUGCUGAAGAAGAGAGUGGUAGUCUAUCAUCCACGGAUUGAGGCGCUUCUGGAGUUUACAAGAGCUCUUCCAGCCUUGGUAUGGCAUAGGAAAGACUGGUCCAUCCUUCACCCUUUUGUUCACAUAGAUAACAAUGAGCUGGAAAACCUCAAGCUUUGUACAGGGUAUGUUGCAGGAUUUGUAGAUCUGGAAGUUAGAGACAGAUCAGACCUGUUUGAUGUGUUUGUUAAUCUUCCAGAAAGUGAGAUUAUUGUAUCACAAAAUGCUAAAGAGGCAAUGGCUAUGGGAAAAUUGCAUAAAGAAAUGGGCCACUUUAUUCUUCAGGCUGCAGAACAUCCUGACUGCACAGAUGCACAGGUUAUUAAGGAAAUAUCAGUAAAAACUGAAGACAUCCUGAGUAACCUGAUGUCACUUGCUGAUGAAGAAGAGAACUCCAAGUUGUCUUUGGAGACUCUGAAGAAAUGUCACUACCCUCCAGCAACUGAAAAUUUCCUCUUCCACUUAGCUGCAGCUGAGCAACUCCUGAAGAUCUGACCAAUCAGUGUAACCCAACCACCACUGAUACAACAGUCGACGUUCAGAAAGGAACUUACCAUUAGUUGUGAAAUUACAAACACAUUUUGAAAAUAAUUGUGACGGGCCAAACGUUAUGGGAACAUAAAGAUAUCUAUUUCUUAUGAAGAUAUAUAUAUAUGAUUUUUUAAAGAAACUGGAUAAUGAAAUAUUCAAUGGAAUAUUCAAUAACAGAUUUCAGAGAAACAAUUUAUAAUCCAUCUCCAAGCAGUUUGGGGAUCUUGUGGCAAGGAGAAAAUCUUAGAUUUCUCAGCAAGCAUUCCUAAAGUAUGUUAUUCUUGAAUGAAUUAACGUUUUAUUAACCUUAAUUAAACAUGUAGGUGAUCUGUGAAAAAGACCAA